CAAUAGUGAGUGGUGCACACUUCCUUCGCCCAGCCACAGAACAAACAAAAGUCAAUUUAAGAGUUGCUGGUGUAACAUUAGGAAGAAUAUAUUCCACUCCUCUCUUGUACAUGCGGCUUAUGAGACGUCCAACAGAUGAACGCUCGUCAAGAACGUUCCCUUCAGCAGCAGGAGGAUCCGCAGCCCCCCACAUUGAAGAGGAAGAGGAGGAUCACUGGGUUACUCAGGAGGGAGAGUGUCCUGUAGGACAGGAGGAGGCUUAUCUCACCAAGUUUCCACUGACUGGUGUCUCUGUGAAGACUGAAGAGCAUGAAGACAAACCACCUGAGUCCUCACAGCUUCAUCACAGUCCAAACGUCUGUGAAAAAUAUUGUCCACCUGAGCAGCAGGAGGGGUCCUCCAGUAUGGAGCAGAAGAGGUCAGAGCACCUCCACGUGAAAGAAGAGGAGCCACAGCCCCCCUACUUUAAAGAUGAAGAAAAACAGCGGCUGUCCCCCCACUUCAUAGAGGAAGACAAGAGACACCUCAUCAGUGUGAAGAGUGAAGAUGAUGAGGUCAAAGGUGAGAGUGAACAGAAGUGGAGCUUCAGGAUGCGGACGGAGGAGCCACAGCCCUUCCACAUUAAGAAAGAAGAGGAAUACCCACUGAUCCCCUAUUUUAAAAAGGAAGCGGAGGACCCACUGAGCCCUCACAUUAAGGAGGAAGGGGAGGACCCACUGACCCCUCAGAUUAAAGAGGAAGAGGGGGACCCACUGACCCCUCACAUUAAAGAGGAAGAGGAGGAACACAGCAUCAGUCAGCAGGGAGAGCAUCUUGAAGGACUGGAGGAGGUUGAUGUCACCAAGAUGCCAGUGACUGGUGUCCCUGUGAAGAGUGAAGAUGAUGAGGUCAAAGGUGAGAGUGAGGAGAAGAGAGAGGCGGAGCCUCCAAGCAGCAGCUCAACUCAACACAUGACAACAGAAGCUGAUGGAGACCACUGUGGAGGAUCACAAGCAGACAAGCUCUUAGCUCCACUAUCAGAUAGUGAGGACACAACGUCACACUCUCCUGACACUGAUGAUGAAGACUCUAAAGAUGAUAAGACAUGUCACACUGACAACACACACUUCACAUGUUCUCUCUGUGACAAAACUUUUAAAUCUAGUAAUUUGAAAAGACACAUGAGAACACACACUGGAGAGAAACCUUUUUCAUGUUCAAUCUGUGGUAAAGAUUUUACUCGAAGGGACCAUUUCAAAACACACAUGAGAAUACACACUGGAGAAAAACCUUUUUCCUGCUCAGAAUGUGGUAAAAGUUUUGUGAUGAAUCAAAAUUUAAAAGUACACAUGAGAACACACACUGGAGAAAAGCCUUUUUCAUGUUUAAUCUGCGGUAAAGAUUUUAUUCAGAGGGACCAUUUCAAAACACACAUGAGAAUACACACGGGAGAAAAACCUUUUUCCUGCUCAGAAUGUAGUAAAAGUUUUGUAAUAAAUCAAAGUUUAAAAGAACACAUGAGAAUACACACUGGAGAAAAACCUUUUUCAUGUUCAAUCUGCGGUAAAGAUUUUACUCAUAGUCAACAUUUGAAAAGCCACAUGAGAACACACACUGGAGAAAAACCUUUUAUAUGUUCAGUAUGUUGUAAAAGUUUUAUAAAAAGACAGCAAUUGGAAGUACACAUAAGAACACACACUGGAGAGAAACCUUUUAUAUGUUCAGUAUGUAGUAAAAGUUUUAUACAAAGCCAGCAAUUGGAAGCACACAUGAGAAUACACACUGGAGAGAAAGUGUUCAGUUGCAGUGUGUGUGGUGAAAGAUUCUCUUAUAAGUACCAGUGUAAGAAACACAAGUGUGCUGGUGAGGACAGCUCAAGUGUGAGUGUAAAGUGUUGUGAUUGUGUGAAAAUGUGCGAAAGAACGAUAGCAGAGUACGAGGAGGAACUUUGUCCAACAAAAGAGGAGAAGGAGCGACAACAUCAAAAACAUCAAGUUGUGUUACACAGAACAGACAUCCAUCAGCUGAUUGGACACCAAGAAGAAUGUCUCCCUCAUCUGCAGGGGGACAGUUUCACUUUAGAGGAUCCACAGCACUCACAUUUUAAAAGGGACGAGGAGGAUCCACAGCCCCUUUAUUUUAAAGAGGAAGAGGAGGGAGAGUGUCCUGUAGGGCAGGAGGAGGCUGAUCUCACCAAGUUUCCACUGACUGUUGUCUCUGUGAAGACUGAAGAGCAUGAAGACAAACCACCUGAGUCCUCACAGCUUCAUCACAGUCCAAACGUCUGUGAAGAACAUAUUUACCCUGAGCAACAGAAGUGGAGCUUUAAAAUGCGGACGGAGGAGCCACAGCCCUCCCACAUUAAGAAGGAAGAGAAAUACCCACUGAUCCCCCAUUUUAAAGAGGAAGAGGAGGACCCACUGACACCCCGUUUUAAAGAGGAAGCGGUGGAUCCACUGAGCCCUCACAUUAAGGAGGAAGAGGAGGAUCCACUGACCCCUCACAUUAAUGACGAAGAGGAGGAACACAGCAUCAGUCAGCAGGGAGAGCAUCUUGAACGACUGGAGGAGGUUGAUGUCACCAAGAUGCCAGUGACUGGUGUCCCUGUGAAGAGUGAAGGUGAUGAGGUCAAAGGUGAAAGUGAGGAGAAGAGAGAGGCGGAGCCUCCAAGCAGCAGCUCAACUCAACACAUGACAACAGAAGCUGAUGGAGACCACUGUGGAGGAUCACAAGCAGACAAGCUCUUAGCUCCACUAUCAGAUAGUGAGGACACAACGUCACACUCUCCUGACACUGAUGAUGAACACUCUAAAGAUGAUAAGACAUGUCACACUGACAACACACACUUCACAUGUUCUCACUGCGACAAAACCUUUAAAUACCAUUGUCGUCUGAAAGUACACAUGAGAAUACACACUGGAGAAAAACCUUUUUCCUGCUCAGAAUGUGGUAAAAGUUUUGUAAAAAAUCUAAGUUUAAAAGUACACAUGAGAAUACACACUGGAGAAAAACCUUUUUCAUGUUCAAUCUGCGGUAAAGAUUUUACUCAAAAGCACCAUUUCAAAGUACACAUGAGAAAACACACCGGAGAAAAACCUUUUUCCUGCUCAGAAUGUGGUAAAAGUUUUGUAAUAAAUCAAAGUUUAGAAGCACACAUGAGAACACACACUGGAGAAAAACCUUUUUCAUGUUCAAUCUGCGGUAAAGAUUUUACUCAAAAGUACAAUUUCAAAGCACACAUGAAAAUACACACCGGAGAAAAACCUUUUUCAUGUUCAAUCUGCGGUAAAGAUUUUACUCGAAGGGACCAUUUCAAAAAACACAUGAGAAUACACACUGGAGAAAAACCUUUUAUCUGCUCAGAAUGUGGUAAAAGUUUUGUAAUAAAUGAACGUUUAAAAGUACACAUGAGAACACACACUGGUGAAAAACCUUUUAUAUGUUCAGUAUGUGGUAAAAGUUAUAUAGAAAACCAGCAAUUAAAAUUACACAUGAGAACGCACUCUGGUGAAAAACCUUACUCCUGUUCAAGCUGCAACAAAAGCUAUCGUCGCCGACAAUCUUAUACAGUACACAUGAGAACACACACAGGAGAGAAAGUGUUGAGUUGCAGUGUGUGUGGUGAAAGAUUCUCUUCUAAGUACCAGUGUAAGAAACACAAGUGUGCUGGUGAGAACAGCAGCAGCAAAUGAAGAUGCAGGAUUUGAAAUAAACUGUCAAAACUUUAACUUUGACUUUCUAACAUCAGCACAUAUAACAUGUGUGACAUCAUUGUUGUGUGUAACACAAUAUUGUUAUCAAACGUAUAACAUUUAUAGAUUAGACACUUCAGAUUAGUGCUUUUAUUUCAGUCAAGUACAUGAGUUAAUAUACACAUUUGUGUACUUUAAAAUGAACAGAACAAUUUGACUGAAAAGAUUAGAAUAAACAGUACAUAAAAUAUGUUACAUAGAAUAAACAUUUUAAGUGUAGAUAUUCAUAAUUGACUUUUAUACUAAUUCAUAAUUGUGUUUUAUAUAUGUUUUUUGAAAUAAUGAGUGUUACAUAUUUUAUUUUCUAAUUGUAGAUGAUUCCAUAGAUGAACUCCUUUAUAUGAUAUACAUAUUUAUUUUACAUGUGUUCAUACCUUUGCUUUUGAGUACACAUAAAUCCCUCUUAGUUCAUAUUUACUGGUUCACAUCUGAAACAUCUUCUGGACCACUUCUGGAAGCAUAUUAUUAUUUACUUUAUACAUCAUUUGAACAGUUGUCUUUUAUACCAUUUUAAAAUGUGUGACUUUAUGAAUCAUUUCUUGGGUCUCUGUAAUCCAUUCUAUUAAUUGUCUUUAUUACUCUCUUGUGUAAUAUGAAUAUUGUUGUGUGAUUGUUGUAUAUGUAU